CUGUCGCCGGUAAGUGAGUCCCCUUUGUCUGGGGUGACCGUCCACCCGUGAAGGGUGAAUGUUGUCCUUGGGAUGAGCCUAUUUAUACUUAGUGUAUCGCCUUUCUAUCAAGGCUGCCGUUCUAUACCAUGCAUGCGUAGGCUGCAAUUUAAACCGGAGAGCCUGUUUACACAUUUUAACGUGUUCAUACGACCAAGAAAUAAACCCAACUUUGAUUGUUUUUGAUUUGGAUCUUGUCCAUGAAAUUUGCCCAGUAUGGACAUGUACUAUUGAUUAAAUGCUAAAAGUCAAUAAAACGUGCAGAAAUUACGGAAUAAUGUGCAUUUCAUAAAAUGUCUCAUACCAGUGUUCAAUCUGCGACUAGCGCCGGGGAGCCAAAGCGGAGCAUAUAUAUUCCUUUCAAACAGUUUUCAGGGAAUGGUGUGAUAUAACUCGGCAGUAUUAUGUGUUGACGACGCCAGAACGCUUUAACUGUUUGCUCGUGUGAUUUAACGUGGAAAGAUGGAUAACGACAGGUGGUCAUUUGUGGGAUUUUUAAUCCUUUCUCUCCUCCUAACAUACCAAUGCCAGAGUGUGUUUAACUGGAUUAAAGGUGACAACCACUCCAAAGUUCAAAAUCAGAUUGAUCUAAUUGAGAACUCGAACUGUCGGGCUAAGUCAAAGGCAGAUCUUACCCUACCAAGGAAUACGGUUUCUCAAAUUCCGAAAUUCAAUGAACUUCGCAGUAAGAUUUAUUACAAAAACAGAACAUCUUUAGUUCAAAUGCACAAUAUGGCGCUGAAUCGGGCUAUGUUUUAUAGUUAUAUUAUGCAGAAGUUGAACAGUUCCGAGUCAUUUCUCAUCCAACCAAACUGGUUACAAAUUGGCAUGUCGGUUACUGCGGAUAUGAAUGGAAACAAGGAUAUUUUCAACGGUAGUAUGGUAGCGUUUGAUAAUAACUGCUACUAUCCGAAUUGGAUGACGAAUUUAAAUUUCAACAACACCCUUCCCCUGUUUGCCGCCAAAUCCUGGCGAGCAGACGAUACGUUUGACAUGGGUGUCUUCUUAAGAGAGCCAACCGGGAGGACGAACGUUGUUAAGGAUCUUGGUUCCGGAGCGAAUAUGAACUAUACAAAUGAAGCAUUUAAGAUGAGUCCGUGGUAUAAAUUCUGGCUUCCGGAUUUGAAAUCAGACGAAGAUUCCACCCUUAAAUUCACAUAUUCCGUAAAAAUAAAAUAUUCCAAUGUUACGGGGAAAUUCAUUCAUGACGAAUUUGAGACAACCAACUUUUUCGGUCCAAAUUCUCCAGGCCAAAGCGACAAGGACGAGAGGCUGCUUCCUGUACGGUUCACUGAUCCAUAUUUUGACUGCGGAAAUUCCAACUACUGGGUCUUAUCUGCGGCAGCGCCGAUUGUAGACUACAUGCCGAGAUAUUCAAAUUUCACUCACCUUCGGAGGCCAAGAUUCGUUGGAGUGGUUACCAUGGACAUGCAUUUCCAGGAAAUUGAUUAUAACUCAUGCCCAGCGUCUAUCGGAAAUCCUGGCCCAUGCCAUCUGUGUGGCGUUGCCAGAUGCAAAACAGUCACUACUGGGUGCAAACAUAAAAGUGGGCGCGGCUUUAGACGAGGGUCGUACAUCUGUCAAUGUAAGUCGGGACAUCACUACCCCUGGGAUGUGAAAGGACCUUACCUCGGCACAGAUCUAGAGAAAGCUACCGAGGAAGAGUACAUCCACAGUUACGAAUGUAUACGUACUGACUUCCUGAGAGUUCCCCCUGUGGUGGAGAAUACUGAGCCGGUUUCCUUUGAGGGUGGAAGCUCUGGAAAAUUCCAAACCGAGGGCAUCCAACGACGGGCUCUGAAAUCGGUGGUAGAUGGACGAGAAUCCCUCGAGAGAGUACGAGUGCGCAGAGAUGAAAACGAAGAAAAAGAAAAGAAAAAGAAACGACGGAAACGUUCCACCAACUUUGACGAAGUAGCCAUUGACAAAAUGAUGAAGAUUUUUAAGAAGAAGGCAGCAGUGACGAAAGAUAAUUGUCACACCAUGUCUCCGUCAGCCUUGGAGCUUCCUGGAUCUGUGGCAUAUGGCGCCGACAAGCAGUUCGAAAUGCAGGCAAGAAUGGCGCUAAGAAUCUCCCACUUUAUCAGCAACUUCAUGCAAAACACCGCACCGGACGAAAAUUUUGGAUACAUGAAGGGAGGUGGUAGACUUCACUACGAGCAUUUGUUCGGUGAAGUCAUCGCAAACGUCAUGUCCGAUUUCAAAAUAGUCUCAAGCGGUAUAUUCUAUGAGCCGUACGUGUUCGAGGACAUAAAUGGCAAAUCUCGGGAGUUCUUUGGCCCCCUAGCGUACAAGGCAGACGGCAAUUAUUACGCCAUAGACACAGCUGGUUUGAAGGAGCGUUAUACGGACGCUGAUUGGUAUCGCGUCAUAAAAGAACGAUGGCAGACAAACACUAAGGGAGUACUGAAAUACAGGAUGAAGAAUCUGAUCCGGUCCGAUAUCAACGGUACAAGUACCAUCAAACAUGAACAUUAUCCCAUGGGUUACUGGGCUCCCAGUGUAGGGGACGGGUACUGGACGCGUCCAGUAUUUAAGUGUGACGGACGAGUCGACGAUUGGGUAGUCACGUACGUCGUACCCUUCAUCGGCAAGAACGGCAUUAAGAAGACGCUACAUUUCAAGGGUAUGGUGACUGUUGACGUGCCUCUGGAUUAUCUAGACAUCAACCAGUGUACCCAGCCCUUUGCCAUUGCCAACGCCUUCAAGAACACUGCAAGAUGUGACUACCGUACACAGACUUGCUCCCAGAUUUCUGGAUACAAGUUUACGAGGGGAAACUACAAAUGCGCGUGCAAGAGAGGCUUCGAGUACCCAUUCAAGGACGGACGUGAAUGGGUCCAGGGUUCUCUCAUUGAGCUCGAGUACCAGAAAAAGCAGCAGGGACUCUUCAAUUUGUAUGACGCAAUGAGGUGCAGGGUGUCCGGAGCCAGUGGCGUUUCCUACUCUGUCUUGACCAUUGCCUUCCUUAUCGUCGUCUCCGCUGCCAACAUGGUCGGGCUACUUUAACGUGUGGUCAAGCUCUUCUAUCACGUUAUGGAGUUUUUCCAGCAAAAGCAUGUGAUCAGCCCUCUUCUAUCAAAUGGAUGUACUUUUCUAACACGUGAUUGGAUUCUUCUAUCACGUGACUGGGCCCAUAUAUCACGUGAUUUAUCCUUCUUAUUAUAACGCGCAAACGGUGCUAGUUUAACCAAUCACAGACAUAAUCUGGUCAACAAACAAAUGGAAGAAAAAUCAAAAUUAUUUGAAAUGAAUUACACGAAAAGUAUAUUAAAAUUGACAAAGUAAGUGCAUUGUUUUAUGCAAAAAGACAUAUCUAGGUGUAUUAUCAAAUAUAUAUUUUGUGCAAAUAUAUGUUUUAGAAAUGUAAUUAUGGCUUUUGUAUUUCUUUAAUAAUGUGUUGUUCAAACAAAAUGGUAUAUUGUGGAAAUUAAGAUCAAAUGUGUUUUAAAUAACUCAUAUUAUUAGACAUGACAAGAUUAUGUAAAAACCGAAGCAAACGUGUCACAGCUAGCAUAUAUUGUAAAAAGACAGAUCAAGUGUGCGAGUGAGGGAGCAUGUCAAUAUAAUGUAUCAUAAUAAACACAUCAUCUUGUUUUGUUCACUGUAAAUAUACAUAUCACAUAUAGUGCAAAAUUGAAACUAUUGCAAAUGUGCGAAAUAUGUGGGUUCUACGAGAAAAACAAUUUCACCCAAUAAUAUUAUUUGAAGGAACCUUUUGUAGUUUAUAGUGCUUAAAUGUGAUCACCUGUAUAUAUCUCAUUACUUGUUUUAUCCAUACGAUGUUACCUGAGAGUGUGUACUUUUGUAUUGUAAUUGUUUUUAAAUUGAUCUCAGUGUUAGAAGACGAGAGGUCGGCAAAUAUAUUUUUAUAUAUUAAUAAAAGAUGUAUUUAUAAAAGAGAAGUCCAUGCUAUUGGCGCCAUAUUCAGCAAUCAUUACCAAGGCCAGAUAAUGUUUCAUCUUUGUAUAAUUUUAAUGUUAAUCAUCAAUACCCGAUCGAAUCGGGAACCGUCGGUACCUUCCGUAAACGAGUUCGGAAAGAGCCGACGGUCCCCGAUUGCAUCAAUACCCUCAACUAUCGAUCGCAACUUCUCGGCCAAUUCCGGCUAAGCGCGGAAUCAUUCCUAGCCGGAAUUAGCCGAGAAGUUGCGAUUGCCUCAACUAUAAGCACACCAACGUCAGCAAGAACCGUUAAGGAUCCCCGUACCACUGCCAAAGCACAUGUGACUGCAUAUUGGAAACGUUUUAUUGACAUGACUAUACUUUUGAUAAAUCAUUUCUGAAAUGAAUAGCUUUCAUUGCGGGGCUGUUAUGCAAAAUCCAUGAAGAUAAAAACAGGGUUCUGAUUUUAAACAAGAACCCUGGACGCAGAUCAGUACAACUAUCGCUGAAACCAACUGCAUAUAUAUACUAGUAAGCUGCCUGGUCAACAGAGGCAGCAUGUGUCAGUUAACCAUUUUACAACUGUAGACCAUAAUGGACACAUCCGUAUCAAUGCAUGGUAGAGUCUACUAAAGUUACUUAGGGGUGAAAGGGUUAAUUACGCUAUAGUCAAAUAUCGGAACGAAAUUAAGGGGAGAUAAUUAUUUUUUCGCAAUUCUUCAUGAUAUGUAGCGAGACUUAGUUUUCAAACGAAAUUAUUGUUCUCUCGUUAAGGUUGAAUAAUAAAUGUAUCACAUGAUCAAUAUACCUGGGAGAUUGAUACUGCAUCGUUGAUUUUCAAAGAUCCAAUCAUAUGUUAAGACGAAGCCAAUUCCCCAAAAAUCCUGACACCACGAUACAUUUUUGUCUAUUUUUUACUUCAUCCCGUUACAAAUAUUAACACCACAGUAUUUUGUGCUAUUCAAGAAACAUAAAUGCUUUACAUUAUUGAUAUAAUUAUAUGGAUUUAUCCACAAAAUUUACCGAUGAUACAGCAAUACGUCUGCCAUAACCUUCGUGUGCUAUACCAUGCUCAAGGCAUGUUCAAUCUAGCGUAAACAUUGAUCAUCACUGUAGUAAGCAAUUUCAUUGAUCGUGAGAGAACGCGUGACACAUUAUGUUGACCCCAUGACCUUCAAAUACAUAUAUAUAUAAUAGCAAGUCAACAAUUACAGGACAUGGAAGGCCGCGACGGCAAAAAAAGAGGUCUUCCGAAAGGAAAGGUUUUCGUUCUGGUUUUACAGUUUAGUGAGGAAAAAACCGUUCAGUGGGUUAUGGUAGAAAGAAAUUAUAAUGAUAGUUGUUAAUCCUAUUAUCUAGCUCUCGUUAUUUAACGUACAACAUUCAAAAAUAAACCUUGUGACUUUCUGCAAUUUGAAAGUUAUACAGAAUUAGAUAAAUACGAUAAACAAUCGUCACACGAUUUUUUUUUUAAUUGUCUAUACAUAGAACUCAUUUUGCCAUUCAUGACUACAUUACGCAUACGAAUCUUUGAAAAUAAAACAUUUAUUAA